AUGCAAUUGCCUCCGGGUUUCAGAUUCCAUCCAUCAGAUGAAGAACUCAUCGUUCACUACUUGCGAAACAAAAUGAUUUCGCAUCCACUUCCAGCUCAGUUGAUCACGGAGAUCGAUCUGUAUAAGUAUAAUCCGUGGGAGCUACCCAACAAGGCUUUGUUUGGAGAAGAUGAAUGGUACUUCUUCAGCCCGAGGGACCGGAAGUAUCCGAAUGGGGAGAGGCCUAAUAGAACAGCAGCUUUGGGUUAUUGGAAGGCUGCUGGAAGUGACAAGCCAAUUCUCACCUCUUGUGGAUCAAAGCGGAUAGGAGUGAAGAAGGCUUUGGUCUUUUACACCGGUCGAGCUCCUAAAGGAGUUAAGACUGAAUGGAUCAUGAACGAGUAUAGACUGCUCGACUGUACGGUUAAUCCCUCGAGAUCCAAAGGUUCUAUGAGAUUGGAUGAUUGGGUACUAUGCCGAGUUCAACAGCGAGGAAACACAACAAAGAACACAUGUAACGCUCAAGACAUCUACAACACUGAAUUUUGGAGGUGCCUACCAAAAUCUGGGCCAACAGUACGGCCUACAAGUCCAAUCCAUCGUGCUGAUAUAAUCACAGAUUUUCUAUACAAAGACUGUCGAGAAUUACCUUCCAUCCUCGCCGGUCAACCUCCAUCACCGAUAGAGACCUCAAGUGCGAGCUUUCAAGGGAGCAAAGAUAGCUAUCCAGUCGGCUCAAAUAAUAAGGUAAAAUCCACAGUAUCAAUUUCUUCUUCGGGCAUUAAUUCCACACUAAAAAGGAAGAUUAGAGAAGAAAAUACAAAAGAAAAUCUCUUUCCACUCAUAAAUCUAGAAAGCAAGAACAAAGAUGGGAACGUUCUGCUUAGCAAGAAACUAGCAGCUGGUAAUGUUGUCAACUGCUACAUUCCAAACCACUUGCAAAAUGACAUACCCAAAGCAAAUCCAACUGUUCCAGCCAACUUUGAGGAGUUUAAUGAAAUGGGCUUCCUCGCUACAUACUCCUCGUAA